AUGGCGUCAGAAUCGGGAGCAGGUCCCGCAGCAGAGCAACCUCUCACGGUCCCGGGUGAUGAGGAACAAAAUGCAAAUAAUGAACAGCAAAUUGCAGUCGAUGAAAUUGAGAGCGCAGAAAGUGAAUUCGAUGAGGAUUUCACUGAUAACACAUCACUGUCUUCAAGUGUUCUUCAAUAUGAAUACGAAAAUGGCCGUCGUUAUGCUAGUAACCGUUCGGGACUCUAUAUGAUGCCAAACGAUGAAGAGGAACAGGAUCGAAUGGAUUUGGCGCAUCACCUAUGGCUUAUGAUGAUGAAAGGAGAACUUCACAAUGCUCCCGUGAAAAACCCUCAAAGGAUUCUUGAUCUUGGGACAGGAACAGGUAUAUGGGCUCUCGAUAUAGCGGAGAAAUUUCCACAGGCACAUGUCAUCGGUACCGAUCUCAGCCCGAUCCAACCAGAAUGGACUUUACCGAAUGUUGAAUUCAUUGUUGAGAACUUCGAAGAGGAGUGGCUUUAUAAGCCAAACAGCUUUGAUUUUAUCCAUGUGCGACUACUAGCAGGAUGCGUUGCCGACUGGCCAAAAUUUAUUCGAACCAUUUAUCAGCACCUCAAGCCAGGCGGCUACUUCGAGGUCCAGGAAAGUGCUGUAUGGGCCUGGAGUGAUGAUGGAUCUCUAACAGCGGAUUCACCGUUAUUCCAGUACAUGCAGUUUCUCGAUUCUGCGGGGAAAAAAUUGGGACGUGACAUGAACGUCUACUAUAAGCUGCAUGACUGGCUUGUUGAGGCGGGCUUUGAGGAUGUGCAGCAAUCUACAUAUAUUCUGCCAUAUUCUCCGUGGCCCCGGGAUCCGCACCUCAAGGAACUGGGCAAAUACCAAGCUGUCCACGCUAAUCAAGCAGUGGAGGCAUAUGGGCUGAGACUAUUGACUCAGGUAUUCGGAUGGGGUGAAGAUCCGUCACGAAUAUUUCAGGCAGCGGUUAAGAAGCACAUGCGAGACAAGGAUUUACAUGCUUAUGUUAAAGAGUAA